CAUGUUCGUAAAGACCCUAAAAUGUUUCAACCAUCUCGGCAGCAGAUUCUCCGGCUUUAUAAACACCUUAUCCGAUACGGCAAUCAUCUGAAGUUGACGGACAAGAACUACUUUUUGGGUCGCGUGCGACACGAGUUCCGCGACAGUCGCCAGUUGACCAGUCCCUCGGAAAUCGAGUUCAACUUCAGGCGAGGAGAGACAUUGCUGAAGAACGGACGCAUACUGUAGGGAUGAUACGGGCCUUGGUUUCACGGUUG